CUCGACCAGGCCAUGCCAUGUCAUGGCCUGUCACGCCAUUCAAUUCUUUCUCUUAUCUUCUCUCUGUUAUGCCAUGUCAUGUCAUACCAUCUGCUGUAAGUGACGCCGACCGAUUCGUGUUGGAAUAGUAGGACCCGAUAUACGGCCGAUUGCAUCGCCGAAACGUCAAGCCCCCAACAUUCGAAGAAUAUGUCAAAUCAUGUUCAAGCUUUUCUGGGUCAGUCGUUGCCACAGUCGGUCAGGGUGUCUAUUUCCGUCGAGCUCAAGCCCACCAGGUCGGGCUGUCUAUGCAUGUGGGUAGGGUUGGUAGGGACUGACGUGUGGGCCCCCUUCUCCCCGUGUUAGCUGGUUGCCUUAUAUAUGCUAUGGGUAUAAGAUAUUUGACGUAUCGUUCAGUCUUAGGCGCCAAGCUCCGUUUUCACCUGAACGUCUUGGCUGCUGUAUGCGCGUAUUAGUGUUAAGAAGAAUUGAGCAGGUUUGAAUGUUUGAUUUCUCGGUAUAUAAAGGUCUGGUCGAAGAGGGCCGUUGACGAUGGUGACGACCUGUUGGAGCACCGCUACAGCAAUACACUCUCUUGUUCCUUUCUCAAGAAAGAAAACACAUAAAUUCGGCAACAACACCAACAUCAACAAUCAUGCAGAUCUUCGGAAAGCUAACCGCCGUGGCUCUCGUGCUGCUGUUCGCCGGCUCGUCGGUCGGGACACCCGUCCCCGGCGCCGGCGAAAGCAGCAUGCGUGGUAACGGCCGCGAUUACGGUGGCAAGUACGCGUCGUCGAGCUCUAGGGAAGGACGUGUGGGUGGCAGUGGCGCCUUCGGCGGUAACUCAGCAAGCCAGGCUUGGAACACCCCGGCCCAGGCAAGCAAGAGUACACCUAGCAAUGACAAAGACGGCGGCCUUAACCAGUUCAAAUGGUACCCGAAUCCCAACUCGAGAUUUUACGACCCGAAGAAAUACCCGAACCAGAGGGGUACCCCGACUACACCUACAAAGGAAGAACUUGACAAAGCGAGAUAUUACGGUCCGUCCUCCACGCGACGGGCAGUUCCGGAUGACAAGGACAGCGCUGGCCAUGCAAGGAAGCGAAGCCAACCGCCAGGCAAGGACAAGUACAAUCAGGGCUGGAACUCUAAUCCCUGGGGCAGCUACGCGUCGGGAUCAAAGGCUUACAAGUCCCCGAGCGAGCCCAAGGGAGGUAUGCCUGUCAGGUCGGGGAACAGCAAGGAUGAGCAGCGCAUAUACGACCCGAAAAGCGAGCGACAGUACAAAUCGCCUAGGGCCAUUUCUUCGCCCAAUGCUGCCAAGCAGAGGAAGCGAGACGAGACCAACGCCUCAAAGCCCGAGGCAGUCGUGCCUGAAUUGGACAAAGAUGUCGCGGACAAGUCGGGCUUGCAUCCGGAGACCUCCCAGUAACUUGUCGACCCCAACGGAACGCGCAUCGUGGACCGACCUGGGGCGCGGCAUGAGUGAUGGAAGCUGUGCGCGGGACCGGGAAUAUACCUAAGUACGUAUACUGUAUACUGUACAGUAUGUCAUAUACUGGGCUGGAUGCGGAACCGACCGGAGUGGCUCCAGUACAUGUACGUACUAGGUAGUACAAAGUAGUCCGUCAGCACAAUGACAAGACAACAAGCUCACUCUGCUUCGCG